GAGAUAGAAAAAAGAUAAGAAGAGAAGAAAAGAAAAAGAAAAGAUAGUAGGAGAGAGAAGCCCCACGUCGACGUACCCCAUUUUGUGAUCAUCCUCUGUUCCCCACUCAUACGGAUAAAAACACGGCCACGUUAGUGUCGCCUUCCCAGUACGCUUGCGUUCUUAGCAUUCUCCUUCCCCUCCAUUUUACCACCAUUUUCAGAAAUCUAACUUUCCCAACCUAACCAUUUUCCUGCACCCAGAAAAUUUCCCCCGUGAUUCUUCCCUCUUGUCUCAUGGCAAUCAAUUUACAGCAUCAUUCUUUCAUGCCUUCAAGCUCUUCAAAUCUCUGGUCGUCGCAAAGAUCAAGUAGAUCCCAUUUUUUCUGCAAAAAAGUGGCUAAUGUUGAUCAUCUGCUGUGUUCUUGGGGUACUUCAAGGAAGAAAUGCCUCAUGAAGGAUACUGUAUUAUAUGAUAAUAACCAUAAUCUCAGUUGUCAAUUGAUGGCAUUUAGUAAAUACUGUUCAGUAUUUUGUAAAUCAAGGAAUGUGGGAGGUCUCCUUCCAUUUGCUUCUGCCGAUGAUGGUGUAACUGUUAAUGGGAGUACUCAAGCAAGUACCAGCGGUGAUGUAGAGGAAAUGAGAGUUAAACUUGAUCAAGCAUUGCAAACUGAAGACUAUAGCGAUGGACUUGUCCAAUCCUUACAUGAUGCAGGGAGGAUUUUUGAGUUGUCCAUUAGACGACAGAGCAUGUCACAAAAAAUAUCCUGGUUUUCAACAGCCUGGCUUGGCAUAGACAAAAAUGUAUGGGUGAAGGCACUGUCAUACCAGGCUUCUGUGUAUUCUUUGUUGCAAGCAGCCAGUGAAAUUUCUUCUCGAGGUGACAGAAGGGAUAGGGAUAUAAAUGUUUUUGUCCAGAGAAGUUUAUUACGGCAUUCUUCUCCAUUGGAGAUUAUGAUCAAAGAUAGCUUAUCAGCUAAGCAGCCUGAAGCUUAUGAGUGGUUUUGGUCUGAACAAAUCCCUGCUGUGGUGGCAACUUUUGUUAAUUAUUUUGAGAAGGAUCCCCGCUUUACUGCUGCCACAGCUGUGUGCGGCAAAGGAUCCUUGAGUUCUGGCAAUCCAAGUGAUAUAUCACUCCUCAUGCUUGCAUUGACUUGCAUGGCAGCAGUCACGAAGCUUGGCCCAACAAAAAUUUCUUGCUCACAGUUCUCCUCCAUGAUUCCAGAUAUAACGGGUAGAUUGAUGGACAUGCUGGUGGAUUUUGUUCCUAUACGCCAAGCAUAUCUUUCCAUAAAGGAUAUUGGUCUAUGCAGAGAAUUUCUUGUCCAUUUCGGCCCUCGUGCUGCAGCUGGUGGAGUAAAAAGUGACCGGCGGAUAGACGAGGUUGUUUUCUGGGUGGAUCUUGUACAGAGGCAGCUGCAGCGAGCUAUAGAUAGGGAAAAAAUAUGGUCAAGACUAACAACAUGUGAAAGCAUUGAGGUAUUGGAGAGAGAUUUGGCUAUUUUCGGAUUCUUUAUUGCCUUGGGUAGAAGCACCCAAUCUUUUUUAUUUGCAAAUGGUUUUGAUGUCAUAGAUGAUCCCAUUGAAGGCUACAUAAGAUACCUUAUUGGGGGCAGUGUGUUAUACUAUCCUCAACUUUCAUCAAUAAGUUCCUAUCAACUGUACGUAGAGGUAGUUUGUGAAGAGCUGGAUUGGCUUCCUUUCUAUCGAGGCAACAUGGCAAUCUCAAAACAGUUCCAUGGCCAUAAAAGUAGACAACAGGGUCCACCCAAUACUGAAGCUAUCCCGCAGGUAUUAGAUGUUUGCUCUUAUUGGAUGCAGAGUUUCAUAAAAUACAGUAAAUGGCUGGAGGACCCGUCUAGUGUUAAGGCAGCAAGAUUUCUUUCUAAAGGGCACACAAAGCUAUUGGAUUGCAUGGGAGAACUGGGGAUAUUAAAGAAUGAAAUGAAGGAAAAUAGUGCUAAGAAUUUUGUUGAGACAGCUGGAUCUGGACCUUCCUCACAGAUUGCACAAGAGCUGGGUUCUUUUGAUAAGGCAUUAGAGAAUGUUGAAGAAGCCCUUGUAAGACUGGAAGGUUUGCUUCAAGAGCUUCAUCUAUCAAGCACAAACUCUGGAAAAGAGCAUUUAAAAGCAGCAUGCUCUGAUCUUGAGAGGAUACGAAAACUUAAGAAAGAAGCUGAGUUUCUUGAGGCAUCUUUCAGAGCAAAAGCUGCUUCUCUUCAGCAGGGUGACGGCGGUAAUCUUUCUCAGUGUUCUGCUAGUCAGCAACCUCAGUAUUUAAAGGAAAAGAGGAGAAAGAAUGCUAGUCUAAGGCUGAACAGGAGCAACAGAGUUGUCAGCAAUCCUGGUGGAUUUUGGAGCUUUUUACUGCGCAUUCCAACCAGGAAACCUGACCCUGGCUCGUCUUCUGUGGAUGAAACUGAGGAUGAACACUUCAAGCAGGAUUCCACAGAUACAGUUAUUAAUGGUUCGGAAUUGAAUGAAAUUCACCGUUUUGAACUUCUAAGGAAUGAAUUAAUAGAACUAGAAGAACGAUUUCAAAGAAGCACAGAUCGGUCAAAAUGUGAAGAGGGUAUAAAGAAUAUAAAAGAUGGUGCCACUUAUAGGGUUGAAGCUGCGAGUCCUCAAUUGGUCCAAGUUGAGAAGAGGGAAAACAUUGUAGGGAAAUCAUUUGACAAGCUGAAAGGAGUUAGCACGGAUGUUUUGCAAGGAACCCAACUUCUGGCUAUAGAUGUUGCUGCUGCAAUGGGUUUACUUAGAAGGGCUCUAAUAGGAGAUGAACUGACAGAGAAAGAAAAGAAAGUUCUUCAGAGAACUAUUUAUGACUUGGCAUCAGUAAUACCCAUUGGCGUUCUUAUGCUCCUCCCUGUCACUGCUGUUGGGCAUGCAGCGAUGUUGGCCGCUAUUCAGAGAUACGUGCCAGCACUGAUACCCUCGACAUAUGGAGCAGAGAGGUUGGAUCUCUUGAGACAGCUUGAGAAAGUCAAGGAAUUGGAAACCAGUGAAGUGAAUGCUGAUGAAAACAAUGAGGAAUUAGCAUAAAUAGGACCAACCUAGACUGUCCUUCAUAAAAUUGAAAUGAUUUUUUUACUCGUGAAUCCCUUAAGCAAAAGUGAGCUUAUAGAAAUUCAUUCCUCGUAUCUAGGGUGCCUGGUAAGCACUGAUCAUUGCAGUCUUGCACUUCAGAACUGGAGUAUCUGCCUCAGGAUGGAUUGAAGCAUGAUCAUCUUUCCUAAAUAUGAGAUAUUAGGAACUGGACCCCCCAAUUUUUACAUAUAGCACUAUAUGUUUGAUUACAUUAGAAAUGAUUGGAUUUAGCCCGCACAUUGUGUGGCAUUUGUAAACUAUGAGAAAGUUGCACAAUUUAAUAUUAAGUUUUCUUGUCAUAAA